UCUGUGACGUCACUGCGUCAUAUCCGCGCAUGUGCGCUUCACAGGAGAUAAACAAACCUGAGCGAGCCGCGAUCAGCUGACGUCCGCCGAAGCAACAGUCACAUUCAGUUGUGACUAUGGGGAAGUCAAUUUCCCACCUCACCAAGCAGAAAGGCCAUGACGAGGACAGGCUCUCCUCUCCGGACGACGCCCAAACUGAGGAUGGCAAGGACGGAGACGUCUCCCAGUUUCCUUAUGUGGAGUUCACAGGACGGGACAGUGUGACGUGUCCAACGUGUCAGGGCACAGGGAGGAUACCCAGAGGACAAGAAAAUCAAUUGGUGGCAUUGAUUCCAUAUAGCGACCAAAGGCUACGGCCCAGGAGGACGAAGUUGUAUGUCUCGGCGUCAGUGGUGGUCUGCCUGUUACUGUCCAGUCUGGCCGUCUUCUUCCUCUUCCCUCGCUCCAUCGACGUCUCCUAUGUUGGGGUGAAGUCUAUUUUCGUCAGCUACGACCAAGACAAGCGCAGCGUCUAUCUCAACAUCACAAACACUCUGAACAUUACCAACAACAACUACUACUCAGUGGAGGUGGCCAACAUCACAGUCCAGGUGCAGUUUGCCAAGACAGUGAUCGGUAAAUCCCGCAUCAAAAACAUCAUUGCCAUCAGCCCUCUGGACAUGAAACAGAUUGAUUACAUGGUUCCCACCAUCAUCGCAGAUGAGAUGAGCUACAUGUAUGACUUCUGCACGCUGCAAACCAUCAGGGUUCAUAACAUUGUCCUCAUGAUGCAAGUGACCGUCACAACAACGUACUUUGGCCACGUGGAGCAGGUGUCUCAGGAGAUGUACCAGUAUGUGGACUGUGGAGGGAACACCACCUCUAUCAGAGAGAUGACCGAGCCGUUCAACAUCCCACAUCCUGCUGAGUAGCCCCCACCUUUGUGCUCCUCACUGGUCCUGACUCAGGCCCUGGAUGGUCAACUUAGGUGGUUUAGGGUGUUCCCACUUCUCUUAUACCCUCAGGGUCUAACAAUCUGCUGUUCACAUGAUAGUUGGGGGUGUAGUCCGAAACCAACACUAACAGAAAUCCACACUAUGAUAAGAAAUGCACCCAGGGAAGUUCAAAAAUCAAAAUUGUGUAGAAGCACAUUGCAUUCAGCAAAGAAAGCAAAUCAGCACAACCUUAUGAUUCCAGCAGAGCGUUGCUAAUUAAGAGAUCUGUAUCCAAAAUAUGUUUUUGUCCAAAUUACAAGUGAACUCUUAAUUUUCACAAAAAUCCCAAUCCCGAAAUUAUAAAGCAUUUCUAAAAUGACAAAAUCAUUACCUUGAAAUUAAGAGAGGAGAAUUUGCUGCAAUAUGAUAAAGUUAGAUUUAGUUAAAUCAUAGAUAUUUCAUAAUGUAAACAAAAUAUUUUUUUAACUCGGGUCCUUCUAAUUGUGAGGUACGCUUCUCAUCUGAAGAUACAGAGCUUAUAUUUGUGAGUCUAUUUUAAUGAUAUAAUAAUUUCAAAUCUCAGAAUGUUGAAAUAAGAAUCUCAUUGUCAUGAGACACUAACAUAUAAUUCUACCCAACGUCUCAAAUCUUCUCUCCCUGGUGAAUGCGGUGUGCUCUCCACAAUGUCGACCGGUUUAGGUGGCCUGCCAUUCAUUUGCAAAAUUGGGCGAGUGUUUGAUAGUCCAGGUGCAGUUCUGACUUCUCAGUUCUCUUUUCCACCCGUUGUAGCGUAUGAGAAUGUGAGCCGAUGAGUUUUAUCUUUCACCACCAUCUGAAAGCAGUUCAUUUCUAUUUCAGGACUGUUCAUUUUAUCUCUAAUAUAAGUGCCAAAAUAAUACCUGAAUUUCAGUCGCAACUUUUUUCGAUACCUUAGUUUGCAGUGUUGAAGUUUGAUGCCAGAACUAAUUUCAAUAUAAGAAGUGGUGGCACGUGUCGUUUGCAUGAUGUAAGAUUCAUUUAAUGGAUACAAGAGUCACCAUCAUAUCUCGUAUCUAGUAGCCUAAAGGGUUGUUGUGAUUCCUCUCCGUUUAACCUGCCCCACAUGCUAAAAGUUAAGUAUUGGAUUCAAUGUAUUCUAAUGUCAAAUGAAAUAUCAAAACUUCAUCAUUAUUAUUUCACUUCCAAUCAAACCAUAAUGUGUUUCACAGGUCUAUAUAUAAGGCACUUUUUAUUAUUGGUCUCAACUUCACUAAAACUUGUGUAUCCACUACAGUGUGUUGGGCUCUGUGAAGAUGAGUCAUGAAAACAUGGUGUGAUUACAGCACAAACAUAUACAGAUGCUGUUCUGUUGGAUACUGACAUAAGUAAAUUUUAUCCAUAGUAUCUGCUUUGAUUUUUUUUUUUUACAUUCUGCUUACUUGCACAUCGUAGCUCUUGGCUGUCAGGUGCUCAUUAUUGGUUUGUUGCUAAAAUGGAGGCUUUCCUGUUGCAUUCCAGUAGAACAUUCUGACGGUGGCAGGUUGUCACAAUUUUUAAUGUCUGUGCGUUGUACUUGUCCAUCUUUUAAGAGAAAGUUUUUUUUUUUUUUUUUUUUUCCACUGUUAGAAGAGAUGUUUUAAUCUAAUGUUUGCAAUUUAAAGACCUUGGGCUUCAUCACACCAGAAUCCAAAAUAACAUUUGGAGUAAAAUUGGUUCAUUUCAGAGGAAACAGGGGAUUCACCCAACAGGGAGGAAGUGAAUUGCAUCACAUCUUGCACAUCAUCUUUAACUUUGAAAUAUUUGUGCAAAUAAACAAAAGCAAAAGAAGUCCUGAGACGAUGUCUCGCCAGGAGUAAAAGCUGAAGAGGCUGCUUUGUACAGUUAUGAGUUUAAACAGCAGAAGCACAGAUAUAUGCAUAUUCGAGUCAAGUGGGAGUAGCAAUGUAUUUUUCAUUCUGUAAAUACUGAAAGUAUAGUUUAUAUUCAAUCGUGUUUAUUGUGUCCGCAUAGAAAUGUAACUAAGGAUUUUGGAAGAUUACACUACAUCUGUAACUUGAAUUGUUUUUGCACCUUUAACAGUCCCUAUGAAAACUUAACUUAAAAUGAUUUAUGAAAAAGUAUUUAUUGAAGACUCGCACGCUUACACCCACAUGAACAGAUAACCUUUGAAAAGCUAUGACUCCUACCUCUUCGCACAUGUCAAACAUUUUGUUGCUAUGUGUUACUCGUGAUGGUUUGUUUUGAAUAAAGUUUUACAAUCAA